CCUGAAAUGAACAAAGCCUGAAAAUCAGAGAAACAUAUUUCAUUACUUCAAAAUCAUCAUAUGCCAUAAAAUAUUUACUCACACCAGCACGAAAUUUAGGCGUUUGAGGCAUUGAAAGAAACCAAAUCGCCAUGGCUGCUUCAACGGUGGUUAAUUCCGACCAAACACACUUCCCUCACCUUCCUAAUCCUUCCUUGAUAUUUUAUCCCAAAUAUAUCACACAAGGUCCACAAAUCGGCCCAACCAAACACCAUGUCAAAUACCACUCAAAACAUGACCCAUGAAGAACUUGUGGCUUCAAAUGCAGCCCUGCAAGCUCAAGUUGAUUAUCUAGCCAAGCAAAUAGCCCAGCUCACUAAACAAAAGCUAGCUAUGUUGCAAUCCAGUGAUGAUGAAGAAGACGCUAGUUCAAGUGCCACCAUCAGAACUAAAGCUCAAGAUAAGUCCGGUUCUGAUUUCAAACUGGAUAUUCCCAUCUUUGAAGGAAAGAAUGAUCCGGAUGAGUUCCUUGAAUUGCUGGAAACAGUGGAAAGAGUAUUUGAUUUCAAAGAAGUAUCCGACGAGAAAAAGGUCAAGCUUGUAGCCUUGAAGUUUCGGAAAUAUGCAUCUACCUGGUGGUCCAACAUCAAAACCAAGAGGAGUCGAGAUAAGAAACCCCCGGUUGAUACCUGGCAAAAGAUGAAGACUCUCUUGAAAAAGAAGUUCCUACCUACUGAGUACGUACGCGAGAAUUUUGCUAGGCUUCAAACGCUUAGACAAGGUUCAAAAUCUGUUGAGGAUUACACCAGAGAAUUUGAAGAACUCUUGCUAAGGUGCAAUCUGCAGGAGAAUGAAGAACAAACCUUCGUAAGAUCUCUUGCUGCACAACUGCGGGACAAGCUGGAGGUCACAUAUGAAGGUACGGACCAAGUUCGGGAAGCCAAAAUUGACUUCCUAACGCAGGAGUACGAGAUGUUCAGGAUGAAGGAAGGCAAAAAGAUCGAUGACAUGUUCGAUCGGUUCUCAAAAAUCAUCAACAACCUUCACGCUCUCAAGAAGACGUACGCCAACAAGGAUCUCGUGAGGAAAAUCCCGCGGAGCCUCACACCCGAAUGGAGAUCAAAGGCUGACGCAAUCUACGAAUCCAUCAGAGUCUCCAAUGUCACCAUCGACGGGCUAAGAGGUAACCUCAAAACUUAUGAAUCCACUAUUCUAACCCCGUCUCUGGAUGAACAAAAGAAGAAGGGAAUAGCGCUGAUAGCAACCAAGGAGACCGUGGAAGUAGACUCAAGCGAUGAUGACAACGAGUUCGGACUCGUCAUCAAGAAAUUCCACAAAUUUAUGAAGAAGGAAUUUGAGCGCAAAGGAAGAAAGCACGACGGUCCCCCGAAGUGCUAUGGCUAUGGCGAGAUAGGCCACAUCAAGCCGAGGUGUCCAAAAGGCAAAAGCGGCAAGGACAAACCUGGCUUCAAAAAGCAACGAGCCUAUAUCUCAUGGGGUGGCGACUCCGGCGACGAGUCAACUGAUCAAGAAGAGGAGGAAGCCGCCAACCUCUGCCUCAUGGCGCACGAAGAUCAAACCGACGACGUUCAAGAGGUAUGUACCAUUUCUUCCGACUCUUAUACUUUUGAAGAAAUGCAAGAAGCACUUCAUGAGCUCUAUGACGAAUUUGUUAGCGCUUCUAAAACCAAUAAAUCAUUAAAGAAACGUCUUUCAACCCUUGAAAAUGAUUUUGAAAAGCUGGAAAAAGAUAAUGAAAGGGUGAAACAAGAAAACAAAUUUUAUGGCAAAAGAAGCGCUGACAAACCAGAAAGUUCUUCAAGUGAAUAUUCAUUGGAGAGAAUACACGUUGAUGACGAUGAAGAGAACACGGGUAUAUACAUCAACACGCAGCCACAAACUGGAGAGAUACCUCAAGAGACCAACCAAGGUGACGAAGAAAAUCCGGAGGAAGAAGAAGAACAAGAAGAACACGAAGAAGAAGCAACCGAGCUUCCCAUAGCAUGGAGAACAAACAAAAACCAUCCGCUUGACCAGGGGUACCACGACCUCGACAAUCAACUCAAAGAGUCGGGUUUGUGGCCGUUCGUCUCCAGAAGCCGUCAGUCCUACAAUCCCGCCUACGUCCGGGCUUUCUACUCCAAUCUCCGCCGGGACGGAGACACCAUUCGCAGUAACAUCAAUCUCUAUGACAUAGAGAUUGAUUUGGCUACCUUCGCUCGGGUCGCAGGGCUGCCCACUCGCGGUGACGACAUCUCAACCUAUGGCGGCGAUGAUUGGAUCCUAAACAACGAGGCGGUGGUCAUCCGAGAGCUUGGAAUCACCAACCUCGUCCGUCAUAGCGGCGCACCAACCAUUCACUCAGCCCCACCGGAGAAGCGUCUUCUACUCUACAUCCUCACCUGGAUUCUUCGCCCCCGGGACGGUAGCCACACGUGUCUCUUCAACGAGGAUCUCAAGGCCGUUCAUGCUAUCACCCAUGGNGCAUCAGAAUGAGCACCACCUUGUUUGAGAAUAAGCACCACCUUAAUUCAGAAUGAACACUGCACUGAGCAGACUGUGAAUGAGUACUAGGUUCUUUCAGAAUGAGUACUACGUUUAUAAUGAACAAAUGUGUGAAAAUCAACCCUACAAUGUCUUAGAAUGAACACUACGUGGAUUC